GUUGGGGGGAGAGGAACAAACAGCAGCGCCCUGAAGAGUGGCGAAGACACCUGUCAUCAGGACAACAACGACCCAGGAGCCAGCGAAGGAGGCCAAGCGGCGCAGUCGACAUGGCCGCAGCAAGGAGACCAGUCCUGUGCAGCGAUGCAGAGCCACAAAAAUUUUCUCAUGAAGAACUGAAGGAUUUGGUCAGUGCCCUGUCUCUGUCGAAAGAUAAAGCUGAUCUAUUAACAUCCCGUCUAAAGGAAAAAUGUCUACUUAUGAAGGAUGGAAAUGUAGCAUUGUCUGAUUCUUGUCAAGGAUCCCACCAAAUUCCCGAGAUAUGCUAUAAGUCAGUAUCAGGGACUUGUGAAGUUGCUGGAUGCUCGAGACUCCAUUCAAAGAUUCACUUUCAUUGGCAAGUGACCAACGAUUGUGAAAUUUGGUAUAACUUCCCAGAGAAGUAUGUUCUUUUUCUGGAACAGCAUUUCUGCAAUCCUGAGAAUAACUUGACUAUCCUGCAACGACUCGAUGAUUCCUGCCAUGACAGAGGUCUAUUAUCAAUAUUGAAAUGUCACAUUUGGGAAAUAGGCUUCAAAUACACGCAAUGGGAUAAUAAUUGUGCAUAUAUUCCCAUUGUCUGUCAAAACAUGGAAUAUUACAUCCGGAGACUUUGCACCGAGAGAGAGCCGACACAGAAACUCAGAGCAAACAGAUUCAUUUGGUAUUUCCAAAAUGACUUGCAGAAAUGGUGUACGUUCGACCAUACUAACAAUAUGAGACUGGAAGAUGCUUACCAAGAGAAUCCGAAAGGAAAUGUGACAAUAUGGGCCAACGUAGCCAUUUACAGAGUGGAUUUCAGCGAAAUGAAUCAGAAAAAUGUAUCUACAAAGAAAAUACGAGAUAUACGGCGCAGGCCCCUGCCAUUUGCACAAAGUCAUUAGAGAUAAAAGGCAUAUAAUUUUCUAAAGUGAAUUUUAGUAAGAAACAUUGCAUUAUCUAUAAAUUAUAUAUAUGUGCACAAACACACACACACACACACAGAGACUCACACAAACACACACACACACACACACACACACACACACACACACACACACACACACACACCUCACACACACACACACACACACACGCACGCACACACACAUACACACAUACAUAUAUAUUGACGGCCACCUUCAGUCGAUUUCGACUAUGGCAUUAUUGUCUCUACCCGCCAGAACGAGGUCACAAGCGACAGCCCCUUUGGGGCUCCGCCUCCGGAUUUUUCCUCAGGGUUGACUCCCGAAGCCUUUUCAUCUCAUAAAUAUCACAAGGCAGUGGAUUGUUUUGUAUAGGGUGAACUCUCAUAGCCUUUGAUCAUGCACGGACUGAACAAUCUUGUAUUUUUGGGAUGAAAAGGCUUCGGGAGUCAACUCUGAGUUCGUUGUCGCUUGCGACCUCGUUCUGGCAACUCCUGCAACGCCGCUGAUGGCAAACAGUAUCGGUCUAUGCCGUUCCUUUGGAUCUGUAGUGGACUAUCGGUUUGUAAUGGAAAAUUUAAACACAAAUUUAUGGAUGUCUCCUUCGGCAGCCUGACCUCGUAUGUAAGCCGAAAUGUCCCUUUAGAAGAACUCUACGGUGUCUCACUCCAGAUUUAAGUGUGGACGUGCCAACUGCCCUUAAUACAAGCUGAAUGGACAGACGGAGCUAGUUGGACACUGACUGUCGAGGAGGCGAAGAAGAGGCCGCACGGAUGUCCUAUGAGCGUAGAUUUUUAGUUUACAUUUAUAUAUUUUUUUCGCGUUAUUUUAUUUUUUCGUGUUAUUUUAUCAGAUUAUGGAAGCCUCUUAGAAUUAAUUAUCGGAGCACAUCUCGAUGUAAUGCCACGUUUAUCACAACGAGGGAACGCCAGCGUUACAGGUUGUAGGCUUGAGGAAACCAAAACGAAAAAAAAAUAAUUUAGUAAUAGUUCGAAAUUUUCUUUUAAUUAGCAUUUUACUUUAAAACAAACUCAUCUUUUAAGUGAUAUUUUCCCACCUAAUCGUCAGGGUUUGCCUGGCCAAAGAUAAAAAAUAAGAUUCUAGCACAUAAAGAUACGCACUUUGCUCCCUGUGUUCCUUGGGAGCACAGAUGUAUGAUAAGGUGAAUCUCACCUUUUCGAGUGAGUAGCUGCUGCAGGCUGAGGCAGGAGGCACCCUAGGCUGGGCUUUCCUCUUUUUUGUGUGUCCCUUUUGUUCGGAUCGUACGAGAUCUGAUUACGGCGCACCUUGUGGUUUUGAGAACUUUUUUCGUUUAGAUGAAUAUACACUCGAGCGAGUGAACAAUAGGCUGGUGCUCUUUUAUUUUUGCGUAAUGGCUUCCAUUUUUUAUGAAUUUUAAAGUCUUAAAAGGAACUAGUUUUCAGCUCCCUUUUUAGUUUCGCGAUUUAAAAAGAUUUGGUUCUUGUUUUUAUUAACUUUUAAAACUUUUGCUUUAUAAUAAAAACUUUGAUGUUUUUUGUUUUUUACUUAUUCUUAGCAAAUUCUAAGAUGAGCUUUGCUGCUUGACUUAUAAGGCAAGUAAAACUGAUGAGCUUUGUUGCUUGACCUUUAAGGAAAAGUAAAACCGAUGAACUUUGCUGAUUGACCUGUAAGGGAAGUCAUUGUUAAUUCUGAAAUAGCCUUAUCUUAAAUCCUUCACACGUGGUGAAAUCCCCGUGCUCGUCUCCUCGCUCAGGUUACGUCUUACCAUUCUUUUGUCUCGCUGGUUCAUACAUUUUACACUACACACACUCCAACAUUUGAACAUGACCUGCCCCUCAUUUCCACAACACUAAUUACACAUCAACUUCUCCCAAAAUACGUAUUAAACGGGUAGUGACAGUGAGCGCUACUGUUGUACAUAUCUUCACAGCUGAGACACGAAUAAUGGAAAUUUAAUAUGUCAUAAGGAUCGGUACACUACAGAUCCAAUAGCUGCGUGGAGAGAGGGAGCAUACUACAUGGGCAACAGCUUUUUUCUCACAGUCUUUCGCCCAGGCACUGACCCUGCCUAUACGGGAGUGGGUAGAGACAAUAAUGCCAUAGUCGACAUCGAUUGAAGGUGGCCGUCGAUAUAUACAUAUACAUCGCUGCUUCGUAAGGACGCUACUCAAAUUACCAAGAUAAACAAUAGAUUAAUUGAAUCAUGAACCUAAAUUAUAUAUAUCAUUGUUUACUGAUCUAUUUAUAUAUUACUUUACUUUUGUAUAGCUUUCCCCGACACUUUCCUGAGAAAUACUUUUGCCUUCGUGACUGGCUUGUUUUUAUAAACCGCCAGUAAUAAUCAACCAUGAAAAAUUACUUUUUACAUCAUGACCUACUGUUUAAAUAUGUGAUCUUUAUAAUUUGGGGUUCUAUUCACUUAAAGUAGUCUGGGCAUUAUUCGACUCAAAAGUGACACUAGGAAGAUUUUCUAAGAGAGCUGGGAUGUAAAGAAAAUAUAAAGGUAUUGUAACAUA